CGGAGCCGGGAGCAGCAGGAUUUGUCAUGCUCACUCAGAAGAAUGGGGCGUGUGCCCGCUGCGUCCUGCCCAAUAAGGACUGCUCUGAUCAGGUGGAGGUGGAGGACUGUACCUGUGCGAUAGGAAACUGUUCCUGGGAUUGUCUAACAGGAGUGGACGGUUGUUUAUCGGACACAUCGUGCCUUUGGUUCCAGCUUCUGGCCAGGGCAUACUGGGGUGAUGUGGAACUGGGGCUCCGGGAGGCCCACAAGGGCGUCUCCUGGCAUAGACCGAGGAAGAUGUCUCAGAGGAAUUACAUGCGAUCAUUGGCCAAGAAGGAUGGUUGGGAGUGCAGUGAGGCAUCAGCUCUGUCUCCGGCUGCUGAAGAGGAGCCCUUCUCAUGGCCAGGGCCUAAAACACUGCAUCUGCGGCGCACCUCGCAUGGCUUCGGCUUCACACUGAGGCAUUUUAUUGUUUACCCGCCAGAGUCUGCCAUACAGUCCUCUUUUAAGGAUGAAGACAAUAGCAGCAGAGGGAGACCUCGAAACAGACUGGAGCCGAUGGACACCAUCUUUGUCAAGCAGGUGAAGGAUGGAGGCCCCGCCCACAGAGCUGGACUCUGCACAGGGGAUCGCAUCGUAAAAGUCAAUGGAGAAAGCAUCAUCGGAAAGACAUAUUCCCAAGUUAUCGCCCUUAUCCAGAAUAGUGACAAAUCUCUGGAGCUCUGCGUGAUGCCAAAAGAUGAAGACAUUUUACAGCUGUUUUCCAGGGAUAUCACAGCACUGGCCUAUUCUCAAGAUGCAUACCUCAAAGCAAAUGAGGCAUAUAGUGGAAAUGCCCAGAAUAUCCCUGAGCCGCCAACAAUAUGUUACCCACUAGAGCCCAAUGCCAUGGCGAAGGUGCUGGAGCCUUCACACUUUGCCGAGGUGUCAUGCGGAACCGGACAAGGGGCAAAUCAAUGCUCCAAGCCUGACAAAGUCUAUUGCAUGGAUAUCCCUAUAUCCACCCCUACCCCACCCCAAACCUCUGAGAUCCCCAAGACGCAAACUGUUGUGCAUGUAUUUAACGAGAGUGUGAGGACAAUGGUAGAGUCAACCGAAUCUACAGAUCGAACUUCACAUGUGGCCAAGGCUGGUCCCAGCCACAUGAUGGAAGAGAACAUGUUUUCAGUUUCUAGUGAACCAGCCUUUAACAGGUUCAGAACCCAUGCCACUUCAUCUCCAACUGGGGCAGCACAAUUUCACAUAGCCAACAUCACUGCAGAGUCUACUGGGUUCUCCAGCAGUACCCCUAGAACUACACAGACUUGCGUGGACACCAACCCUACAGCUUCCCAAAGACAUACCCUGACCACAACAGCAGAAACUUUCCCAUCAGCCAACUCUCCCACCCCUUACACACCAUCUCCUCCACCAUCCACACCUUCCCCCUGCUCCCCCCACCAAAAUAUAGACUGGAGAAACUACACCACCUACAAAGAGUACAUUGACAACAAACGGCUUUACAUGUAUGGCUGUCGGACUAUUCAAGAACGUCUAGACAGUCUGCGAGCCACAACCCCCUCCAGUACAGGAGAAUACAGCAAGCCGAAAAGCACUUCUACAACCGCUACGCCCACGCGGGGCUAUUCUGGAUCACAGUUGAGACAGAGGAGUGCCUCACAUGAUCGGAGUUAUCUUGGAUCUAGCUUGCUCCCACUGCGUAGUGCCUCUCAGGAGAGACUUGGUGGUGCAGAACGAACUGACCUAGCACGGAACUGGCCUCGCAGUGCUUCCCAGGAUGCCCUCCCGUUGGCAACCACAGGUAACCCAAAACCCAGAGCGUCUUCUUGCGACUACCUGGGCAGACAGAAUGAUGGUGCAGGGUCCAUAUUGGACAGGCAGGCAUGCUGCAGAACUGAGACAGAAGAGAGGAUACUUAUACAUAGAGGGGAUGAGGCAAGAGCAUGUAGGCAGUCUUCUUUACGCAUGGUGCCCCAGCCUCACAGAACACGGGAGGUAUUCAGCCCUGAAAUGCGAGGGGGCAGCUACCCAGGGUUACCCCUAACACCUCUCUUCAGUAGAGGUACUGGUUCUUUGCUCACCUCCAGAGCUGAAAGCCUGGGCAACACCGCUUCUCCUUCUUUAAAUAGGCCCUCAUUGCUACCUGCUAAGAAUUACGUCUCAGACUCUUACACCGUUGCUGCUUCUUAUGUAGCCUCUGCCCUGGCCUCAAUACAAGGUCACAUCAGUGGUAGCUCCAACACAGGCUCCAUCAAAGACCAAAGAACACCUCUCAUUGCCAACCACCUGCCACACAAUGCUGAGCAGCCCAGGGGGCGGGCUGACAGCCUUCAGGAACCGGUCAGAGAGGUAGCUCAUGGAUGUCGCUCUUCGUCUUGCUCUGCUGUCUCUAAACCACAUAGAACAAAGCAGGGUAGAACCAAGCCCAUAUUGACCAGUAACGGCACAGUUCCUAAGCAGCCCCAAGCCAUUGAGAAGGAAGUGCCCUCCAUUGAGGGUCCAGACGCCACUGUAGUUGUGGUUCGGAGGGAGAAGUCUGGAUCUCAACCCAUCCGACACCCUUCAUAUAUUCUGGCGGUAAACGACACAGAGCCAACUGCCAAUUCCAACAAAUGCUGGUUGCCCAACGAUGCCUGGCGUGAAAUGCACAAGAGGAAACUAGGAGACCAGUGCAAAGCCUCCAUCUCCAGCAACCUUAAUGACUCGCUGGACUCCAUCCCCUUCAUUGACGAGCCGUCAAGUUCCAGUAACGAACAUGACACAACACACAUUCCUGCAUCUGCCGUGAUUUCCAGCAUGCCCGUCAUUACCACCAUCCCGCCUAGUCCCACAUCGCCAACUCCUGUAAUACGCAGGCAGCUGUCCCACGACCAGGAUUCUUUACGACUCACAAUUCUGGAGUCAGAUUCCGGUGCUAAAACGGAGCGAUCUAAAUCCUUCGAUGAGGGUUUGGAUAACUUCAGAGAAGAGGGUAGAGGCAGGUCCAUUAAACACACCCAUGGAUUUAGGGGCCUAAGAAAGGCUGUAGAUAAGUCCUCUGAAGACUCCGGCUCUAGCUCUAGAAAAGACUCUACUUCAGACGUCUUCACUGAUGCCACAAAGGAGGGACAACUUCAUUUCAAACAACUCCAUAUAGAUAAGGGCAAGCGUGUUGGCAGUGGCAUGCGACCAUGGAAGCAGAUCUAUGCUGUGCUUCGUGGCCACUGCCUCUACCUGUAUAAAGACAAAAAGGACAACUCUCAAACCGAAGAUGAGCCUCUGCCCAUUUGCAUCAAAGCCUGUUUGAUUGACAUCUCCUACAGUGACACAAAGAGGAAGAACGUGCUACGGCUGACCACCUCAGACUGCGAGUACCUAUUCCAGGCAGAAGACCGUGAGGAAAUGCUGUCCUGGAUCAGAGUCAUUCAGGAGAACAGCAACUUAGACGAUGAGAAUGCGACUGUUACAAGCACAGACCUCAUCAACCGGAAAAUAAAGGAGUACAACACUCUGAUGAGUCUGACCAGCAGUAAGACAGAACCAUCUCCAAAGGCCUCACGUCAGUCCCUGAGCAUCAGACAGACAUUGAUGGGCAGUAAAGGGGAGAAUAAAGCCUCAAGUCCACACUCACUAAAUAAAGACCACGACAGGAAAGCCAUACAUAAAGAUGAAACAAGUCCACCCAAGGAAAAGGGCACAUGGAGGAAGGGCAUCCCUGGACUGAUGAGAAAACCAUUUGAAAAGAAACCAUCUCAAGGAGUCACGUUUGGAGUAAGACUUGAUGACUGUCCUCCAGCUCAGACCAACAGAUUUGUUCCUCUGAUAGUGGAAGUGUGCUGUAACCUGGUGGAAGAACGAGGACUGGAAUACACAGGCAUUUACAGAGUGCCAGGAAAUAACUCUGCCAUCUCCAUCAUGCAGGAAGAGCUCAAUAACAAGGGCAUGGGCGACAUUGAUAUUCAGGACGAUAAAUGGAAGGACUUAAAUGUGAUCAGCAGUUUACUCAAAUCCUUCUUCAGGAAACUUCCAGAACCUCUCUUCACUGAUGAGAGGUAUGGAGACUUUAUUGACGCCAACAGACUAGAGGAUCCUGUGGAAAGACUCAAAGUGCUCAAGAGACUUCUUCACGAGUUGCCUGAUCAUCAUUACGAAACACUGAAGUUCCUCUCUGCACAUCUCAAAACUGUAGCUGAAAACUCGGAAAAGAACAAGAUGGAGCCACGGAAUCUGGCCAUUGUGUUUGGACCAACACUGGUGAGGACAUCUGAAGACAACAUGACUCACAUGGUGACACACAUGCCGGACCAGUACAAGAUUGUGGAAACUCUCAUUCAACAUUAUGACUGGUUCUUCACUGAGGAGGGCAACGAUGAGCCUAUGACUACGGUUCAGGAAGAAAGUGCUGUUGAGUCUCAACCUGUGCCAAACAUUGACCACCUGCUGACCAACAUUGGCCGGACUGGCACCUCUCCUGGGGAAGUGUCAGAUUCACCAACCAGUGACUCUGCCAAAUCUAAGCAGGGCUCCUGGGGUUCAGGGAAGGACCAGAGCAGCCGCGAGUUCCUGCAGCCUCGAGUCUCCUCCAUCUUUGCUGCAGCCAACCGCAAACGAAAGAAUCACAAGGAGAAGCUGCAACCCAGCAGUUCUGAUGAUGACCUUGAUUCAGUCUUCACCAAGAAAGAAAACCCAACUCAAAAGCAGAACCACCAAAGCCAGGAGGAAGUGGCAGACAGGUCCAGCCCAUGUGAAAAAUCACCUGCUGUACAGAAGAAGAAUGGCAUAGGUGCCGAGUCUACCCCAAAGAUCAAGGAGCACAGGAACUCUUUAUUCAUGAAGACAUCACCUAAGCUCUCAUGUUCACCUGUUCUCAAUCGCCCUCCCAAAUCGUCCCUCUCUGAUCCUUCACAGUUAGAUGAGACCACCUCAGACUUGGGUACCAUGAGCUCUGGAGCCUCGGUACACAGGACUAGGCCUCGGAAAUGGGGCACAGCUUCAUCACCUGCCCCUGACCUGUUACCACCUCCUGGAGGAGCUUCAGUGACUGCAGAAGUGAGCUCCAUUACCUCGGACUACUCAACCACUUCAUCCACCACCUUUCUGACGGGUGUGGAGUCCAUCACGUUGAGCCCAGAGGUGCAAUCUGUGACGGCAAGCCGAGGAGGAGACGAAGCAGAUGAUGAGCGCAGUGAGCUCAUCAGUGAGGGGCGCCCGAUGGAAACCGACAGUGAAAGUGAUUUCCCUAUGUUCAGCCCUGCCAACAUUUUCCGAGACAUCCCAACCUCAACCACAGUGGAUUACGGCAGCACCACACCAAAACUGGAAAGCCGUCACUUGCUACCCUCACAUAAGCUAAUGGACUGCAACACUCUAUCUAGCAGACGGUCCCUACGACCAAAGACAGACAGCGAUUCAUCUGUGGAGGCAGGAGCAGGCAGUAUGAAAGGGGUCAGCAAAAACAAAUCGAACCGACUGUCUCGAGUUCUGGAGGUGAUGAAAAGAGGCCGUUCCACCAGCAGUCUCAGUGCCUCAUUCCGCACUGAAUCGGACCGUGUUGAGCCAGCAUGGCAUCUUAAACUCACAGAGAGACUCAAGGUCCGUCUGCGCUCCUCUGCCGAUGACAUGCUUGGGGUUGGCACGCAGAAGUCCCGCUCUACGGAAAGCUGUGGUAAGAAAAAGGGCAUCCGACGGCGGCAUACUAUGGGUGGCCAGCGGGACUUUGCUGAACUUGAUGUCAUUCAUGACUGGAGGGAACAGGGCGGGGUGGACCAAGGUGCUGAACUGUCUGCUGUGGAGCACCUCAGACCCAAGUGCGACUCUCAGGACUUAUCUAUCGGGGAAUGGAUUGCUCGUGAACACCGUCAGGCUGGGGGUUCCCAGGCCAGUUUGGAGCCAGAAAGUCAGGUUGGUCCAGAGGCAGCAGAAACAGGAGAGACUCAAGCAGGGAAUGCGGAGUGGCUGACUCCUUCUGCGUCUUCAUGUACUCAGUCCAGCACUGAGCAAGUGAAUGGUGGUGCUUCAAAGGGCAAAUCCAGAAAUAGCCUGAAUCCAGGGGCUGAUGCUCAUCCUCAGAAACUUUCAGAAGCCCAAGUGGUGCGCUCUCGAUUCUACCAAUAUCUUUGAAAGAAACGAAGAAUUUGCAUGUGUGUUAUAAUGUGUCAUAAUGUAUUUCUAAGAGAAUGAAUGUACUUAGAGCUAAGGUUAAUCCUCCUUUACUUUGCG